AUGGAGAGGAUUGUCAUCUCUACGUAUACAUUGUUUAUUCUGGCUUUUCCUCUGUCUGUUAGUUCCAACAACAUCGCCAUGUUACAAGGAGAUAUUCAUCUCGGUGGGGUUUUCAAAAUAUUCAAUGACGAGCAAUGCACCAAUGAGAUAGAUGCAAUGUCUGUUCGGAAUUUCGAGGCUGUUAAGUGGACAUUAAAGAAGUUAAAUGAGGCUGACUACGUGCCGGGCAUCACACUGGGCAUAGAGGGGUUCCCUACAUGCAAUAUACAAGGAAGAGCUUUGGAGCAUACAGCUAGAAUAAUAAGCAGAAACACUCGUGAUUCAGCAGAGCUCAUUUCAACUCCUAUUGCAGGUUUGGUGGGCCCGGAGUACAGCCAUGAGGCCAUUGACACAUCAUCGUACAUCAGUUCAGUGGAAAAAAACAACUUAAUUCUACAGACGCUCUUCUCCACGACCGCCUCAGCUCUCAGUGAUGAAUCUAAAUAUCGAAAUAUACUUCGAGUCAUCCCCGAUGAUACCAAGCAAAUUUCUGUCAUACUAUCCCUAAUGGAGAGUCUGAAAUGGAACUACAUUGGUGUCAUUUAUGAAAACAAUGAAUAUGGAGCUGGAAACUAUAAAGGAUUAAAGAAACAGGCCAAGGCAAAAAAUGUAUGCAUUGCAUCUGCAUCUGCAAUAUCGAUGGAAAACGGUCUGGUAAAAUCACAAGAAGUACAGAAGAUUAUAGAGUCCGUAAUUCUUCAUACUGAAAGUCCAAUCACUGGAGUUAUUGUUUUUGCCUCCACUAAAACCGUCGAAGUGUUCCUGAACAUUGCAAAUAAACUAAAAAGUGAGUAUAGUUUUCGACUUGGAAUGAUAUUUUCCGAAGGAUCUUCCGAUAUGGAUACGGGAACAUUAAAUCAGUUUCCCAUUGCCAAGGGAUCCUUCUUUACAACUCCUCCUUGGAUAUCGUUUGACAAAUUUCGAGUCCACUGGAUGAAUAUUUUAACCAAUAAAACUGCUUUUAAUGAAGAAAUAUCCUCCAAUCCCUGGUUAGCUGAGGUUGUAGGAAAGUUUAUUUCCUGUGAUAUCCAGAGUUCUUCUUGUUCCAUGCCGACUCCUUCGAUUGUGAAAUCUGUAGUAGGUGACAAUGUAUUCGAAGGUUAUGCUAUUGUAUCCACGAUCCUACAUGCCAAAGUACUGAGAGAUCUUCACCGUGAAUCGUGUGGAGGGAGUGGUGGGUUUUGCACCAGUUUUAACAACACAAUAUGGGAAAACACUCCUAAACUCAUUGAAAUGGGAAGAAAGACACAAGUGAAUGUUGGGAAUUACAGAAAUUCAACACUGAAUUUGGAGACAGAGUUACUGAGAGACUACACGGAGAACUCGGCUGGCUUAGCAUGGCCUAAUAUUAUAAAGGCUCAGUGUGGUGAUGGAAAGAAAUGUGACUCAUGUCAGAACAGCAAUUUGGCAAAUGAAAUUAUUUUCAAAAAGGGCGACGUAUAUGUUGCUGCAGUGGUUCCCGUUUAUAAUAAGGAUACGUCUGAUCCUUUAAAGUGUGCUGAUAUUCGAACGUCUAAUGGAUGGGAGAUUGUAGAAGGAAUACGGUUUGCGGUGGAAACAGCUAACGAAAAGCGCGGUAGUUUUGCGAAAUGUUUUGAGAAGAAGCGAAUUGGUUAUAUUCUUUUCAAUAGCUGUAACCAACCUCUAUUGAUUCAAGAAAAACUUUUGAAGUUCUUUUCGGAAGGUAUAAAAUUGUCGGAUGGUUCUCAUGUAUCUGACCUUCAGAAACAUAUUCUUGGAUUUGUAGCUGCAUAUGGUAGCAGCAUUAGCUUAGCAACAUCAACCGUUCUUCAGGAUUUUAAUUUUCCACAAAUCAGUUACGCCUCGACUGCAGCUGUGUUAAGUAAUAGAUCUUCCUACAAAUAUUUUAUGCGAACAUGUACACCAGAUGACAAGCAAGCUGACGCAAUGAUACACAUUGUUAAAACUCUCAACUCAUCAUAUAUCCAGAUUAUGUUCAGCGAGGGAACUUAUGGCGAAGGAGGAAGAGAUGCAAUAGUGAGCGCGGCCAAGAAAUCGAAAAUAUGUAUCGCAAACGAAAUUGAAGUCAAAGAAAAUCACUACGAAAGGAUACGUGAUGAUAUCAACAAAACUCCAUAUGCCACAGUUAUUCUCCUGUUUUUAAAAAGUCAUGUUGUAGAAGAUGUAAUGGUGGAACUGCAUGCAAAAAUAGAUCCGUGGCCAUACUUAUUGAUAGGUUCUGAGGCGUUUGGAACUCGAUCCGAUAUAAUAUCUGGCAAACCGAAGCUAGAGGGAACUAUAUCUUUGUCUCUCCAAAUGAAACCUUUAACUGGAACUUCUAAAUUUGAGAAAUAUCUGUACGAUAGACUUACAGAUUUUAACAAUGACAUAAACCCUUGGACAAAAGAGUAUUUCGAACAGAGAAAUUCAUGUUUUCUUUCGGACAGCUUUGAUAAAACGUCUGGCUCUCAAUGUACCGAUAUUAAGGAGUCUUUCAACAACAAAGACUACCAACCGGAACUGUGGACGACCUUCGCCAUCAACGCCAUGUUUUCACUUCUACAAGGGGCAAAUAAAUCUUUUGCUGAAUUGUGUGGAACUCAAUCUUCUGUAUUGUGCCAACAAUACAGAGAUUCCCCGCGGAGAGUUUACGAUUUGAUAAAAAAUGAGAAGUUGGUUAUUGAUGACAGUGGGAUACCUUCCAGGGUGUUUAAUGAAAACGGUGAUGGUAAUAUAGGGUACAAAAUUUACCAAGUGCAGAGAAAAAUCACGGAUACUGGUCAACUGACAUUUGAAGAAAUAGGAAAAUUUACGCUAGACGAAGACGGUUAUUCCAUACAUGAAAAGACAAUAAAGGACCCGUUUACGACUUUGCCAUCACACUGUCCUAAUCCCCUGGAAUGUGACAAAUGCUCGGGUCAGAUCGGCGACCAAUCAACCAGUUCUCCACCUACAAGUGAACCAAGUUCCACGGUAGUAGUUGCCCUCGGUGCGUUGUGUGGUGCAGCGUUAUUAGCCUUAAUUGUUGUGAGCGUAAUCUUGUUUAAAGUAUGUCGUGGAAACAAACGAUCUUCAGGUGACGACCUUUACCUGGAUCCACGAGUUUCGAUCUCACCGGAUGGUGGCUUAGGAGACAGCGGAUACCAAACACAUCAAAUUCUAGACGAACAUCGCCAUAAACUCCAUUUCAGCAAUCUGCAUUACACUCAAUCCAAUGUCAAUUAUCAAGAAUGAAAGAAUGCCAUUUUUCCAUUCCACUCUCAAGUGUCACUGAUGAUUGGAAUUUACAGGAAUGGAUCAUUUUGCUUUCUGAUUAAAGAUAAACGACCAAAUGGGGGUAAAACAAAACGCCGUCUGCACGUGAAUGUACAUGCAGAAUGUGAUGAUUUGUUCAACUGAGUAUCAAGCACUGAUAAAAUGCCGAAAUAAAGAAAUCGUGUUUAGAUAUAAAAGUUGUGAAGUUUUAUACAUAUCUUUGUUCCUUUUAUAUACAUAUCUUUAUGUUCCUUUUAUAUAUACUUCCCAUGUGUAAAUAACUACAUAUGAUGUAAUUGAAAUUCUAAUAAAAUAUGCA